UCGAUGUAACACCCAGCCCACAACACCGCUACGUGAUGUCACAUGCUAAAGUAUCCGGUCGCAGCAAUGGAGGGAAGAGUGAGCAGAGGCCGGGGAGGCCGGGGAGGCGGCUGGAGAAGAGGCGUCCGGGGCGGACACGACGGUGACAGUGCUGCCGGUGAACACCGGGGCAGAGGCCGGGGAGGAUACCACCGUGGCCGGGGCAAAAGAGACUACUACCGCGGUGCUGGACGCGGGGGAGGCGGCCACGCAGCGGAGUCCCAGGACCGGGGUCAAGAUGAAGGAGUCAACUUCGAGGAGGACAAUAACAGGCGGGAGGUUUUCUCCAGGAGGAAACUGGAGUCAAACUGGGAUCGAUACGAGGCGUCUGAGAAACAGGAACCUGACGAUGACACGCCCACCCAGAGAGGAACAGAUUACCACGUCCUGCUGGAGUCGGCAGGGGAUUCCUUCACUCAAUUCCGCCUUUUGGAGGAAAAAGACUGGGAGAUGGACUCAUUAACAGGCGGUCAGGUGUCCUCAGUGUUUGUGGAUCUCCCUGCUCUUGCUCACAGUCUUCAGCAGCUUCCUCUUCAUCAGAGACUCAACCUGGAGGCUGAGCUGGUUCAGGCGUUGACUCCAGUGGAGCUUCCCUCGAUGAACCUCGCCCCGAAACAGGAAACGUCCAAAACCACCACGGUCGCUCCUGCGCCUGCCGUUUUAAAAGUUCCCGAGCCCGCAGACCCAGAGGACGAUGGUGACGAGCAGCUGGACGAGCUGCUCGGUUUACAGAAACCAGCGCUGGGCGACGAGUCUGUCGGCGUCACAGAGGAGGAGAGUGAAGGACCAGAGGAAGCUUGUGAGGUGACGGAGGAGGCGACAGAGGAGACGACGGAGGAGGUGAAAGAUGUCACACCGCCGACGUCUUCCUCCGCCAAGCAGGAAAUGACGGAGGAGGACCUGGAGGACUGGCUCGACAGCAUGAUCUCCUGAACGGGUCCGGGAAAGGAAACUGGACUUUUUUUUUUUUUUUUUUAAGACUUUCUCGCGCUAAAAGACAUUUCUCAUAAUUGUCCUCGUCUAGUUCCU